AUGCGGGCAAAGCUAGGGCCAAUUGGAGUAGUAUUUAGGGAGGGGAGAGUGAUAGGGAAGAGGACAGAGUCUUGGUUUGCCAUGAACGGCGGCGAAGGCGUCUACAGCUACACCAAGAACUCCUCCUUCCAGAGAGAAGCUGCAAGCAUUGUGCAGGAGAUGAUUGAUGAGGAAAUUGCAAACAAGCUAGACGUAAAAACCCUAAUCUCAUCCACCUCCAACACGUUUCGUCUAGUAGAUAUGGGAUGUUCUGUAGGACCAAAUACCUUCAUUGCCGUCCAAAAUGUGAUCGACGCAAUGAAGAAGAAGUACCAAUCCCAAUGUCAAUCCCAUGGCACCAUUUCCCAAAUGCUAGAUUUCCAAGUCUUCUUCAAUGACCAAGCUUCUAAUGACUUCAACCUCCUCUUCGCCUCCCUCCCUCCUGAGAGACCCUACUUUGCAGCCGGCGUGCCGGGAUCUUUCCACCGACGAUUGUUCCCCUCCUCCUCCCUCCAUUUUGCUUACUCCUCCAUUGCUAUCCACUGGCUCUCUAGAGUGCCCAAGCAGGUGCUAGAUAAGAACUGUCCUGCAUGGAACAAGGGAAGGAUUCACUAUACGAAUGCCCCUAGGGAAGUUGUUAAUGCCUAUGAAGCUCAGUUCGCUGCAGACAUGGAUGCAUUCUUCAACGCUAGAGCCAAGGAGCUCUUGGUUGGAGGUAUGAUGGUGCUCAUUGUUUCCACAGUCCAAGAUGGGAUGCCACAAAAGGCAUUCAAUGGGAGAUGUGAGGUUUUGGGAUCCUGCUUGGUGGACAUGGCAAAUGUGGGCUUGAUUACAGAAGACCAAGUGGACGCCUUCAACUUGCCUAUGUACUCUCCUUCCCCAAUUGAGAUGACAAAGGCAAUAGAGAGGAAUGGAUGUUUUAGCAUUGAGAGGAUGGUGUUAAAUAAACCCACAUCAUGGAUUAAAAACCCCUUCGCCAUGCAGAUGCACUUUAGAGCUGGCACAGAGGGACUUAUCGCCAAACAUUUUGGAACUAAAAUUAUUGACGAACUAUUUGAUAGAUUUUUAAAGAAAAUUAAAGAGUUCUAUGAUAAUCUUGAAUCAAACUAUGAACAAGGAGGUCUAUUAUUUGUCUCCCUCAAACGUAAAAAAUGA